AUACCUUAAAUUUAUAGUAUGCAAUGAUAAAGGCAACACUGCCGGCCCUGUUACUGUUAAAAUUAAUUUAAGUUAUUUUUUAAAAUUGUUAAAUCGUGUUUCAUACGAUUUUCGCUAUGAAUAUUCGGUGUGCAACUGUAAGUAUAAUUUAUAAAAUACUCAAGGUCCAUUAAUUGUUUUUCAUCUUGAAAUGCAGGCCUGGUUAAUUUAUCCAAGGCCCUGCCUUAAAUAACUAUUAAUAUUAAACUAUUAAAUUAUUACUAAAAAUUACUUAUAUUAAUUACUGUAAUAUUAUACUAUAUUUUAUAUAAUUAAUUUUAGUUAGACAAUUGAUUGUCAUUAUCAUGUUUCAUAAAUAGUUUCAUAUUUUCUCUUUGAUUAUUUGUUUUGCAUUUUAAUGCAGUUCAGUGACGUAGUUGGGUAAAAUCCGGUAAUCUACCACUUGAGCGUCCGGCCAAGAAAAAAUCCAGUUGUUCCGGUUGGAAGGGCUAUUUAAACAACUAUUCUUACAUUGGAGUCUGUUAAUAUUUUUGCUUUCGUAUAGACCCGUAUAGGCUAUAAAGUUAUAUAGCACAAUACUAAUACAUUUAAAUAAUUAUUACUGCUAAGCUACCGAUAUGCCAGGAAGAAAAAGAGACUACAAUUAUUUUUUUGAUCCAGAUGACGUGGAUGUCCACACACAGAAUGUGGAAAAGUGUAAACUGAAAAGACAGUUAGGCACAAGCGGUGAUCUUUCCCCUUCAUAUUUACGUGGAUUCAUGUACCACAACCGUUCUCGUGGAAAUUAUAUUUUUUAAAACUUCAUUGUCAACUUGGGGGAGAACUAUGCAUAAUUCCAUUUUCACACAUUAUCUUCUAUUUCAAAAAAAUUGUUAUAGUUUUCCUAUUUUAAAAAAAUUGUCUAUUAUAAUGGGAAUGAAUGCGUACCACCAAUGUCUUAAAAAAUAAUAUAAGAAUAGUUGUUUAAAUAGCCCUUCCAACCGAACAGCUGGAUUUUUUUCUUGGACGAUUUUAGCUUAAAUUCACUCAUCAUAAUCAUGUAAUCAUUUCAUGUAGGCCUAUUAUAUGACAAAUAGAUAAUAAAAUCAUAUUUGAGCAUAAAUUCAUUCAUCAAAAUGACAAAUGGCCAAUCGAUCAAUACACAAUAAAAUAAAUGAAAAUGUCAUGAUAAAUGUUGGAUUGGCAUGCCACUCAUUCUCAUUUCCCUGGCCUCCAUCUUUGUUGCCGUGACCUUAGAGGUGUCAUAGCAACAAAAAUGGCAGCCCUGUAAAAAAAAAAGUAGUGCAAACACAUAUCUGCUAGAGGGGAAAGGGAAUGUGCUGUUUUAGCUACUUACAAUAUAGUUACAGAGAGAACAAAAAUUAGGCACAAAAUGAUACAAUUUAAUGAAAUAAUUUUUUUUAGAAAUACCUUCGUUCCUAAAAUAUGUUAGUCUACAUAACACAAAUACUAUAGUAUGUCAGUAUCACAACUCAAGCAUAAAUUCCACCAUAAAUUUAGCCAACCACUCCACUAAAUCAUAAAUAUUAACAUAACAACUUUAUUUUAUCCCUCUGGAUAUGUGGCAAGAAGUGUCAACAAUCUAUGGUUGCCCCCUUUCCUGGCGUAAUUUUAGCUGGUACAUUAAUUUCAUGACAAACUUAGCAACUUUAUUAUAUCCCUCAAGAAGUGUCAAUGACCUAUGGUUGCUCCCUUCCCUCAACUAAAACACCUGCGCUUGCUACAGUUAAACAAUGUGAUGAGAAAAGUGUAAAAAUGAAGAAAAAAAAUUACAAAAUAGUUUUAAAAUAAUGAAAACCCAAUUUAAAGUUUCAUCGAAUGAACCUUUACACCCUUUAUUGCAGUUUCCACCAAAAAAAAUUCCAAAUGUUAUCAGAAAAAUCAAUUCAUUUAAAACAUUCCAUCAGUUGAAACACAUAUAUGUAACUUAUUUAUGGCAGUAUGCAGAAUUUCUGAGUACCCAUCCUUUUAUUGACUGAUUUUAAUAAAAAUAGAUUGAAAUUAGUAAUCUCAAAUCCUAAAAAAAAAUUAUCAAACCAUUUUUCUAUUAAAAAACUACUAAAAUUAAAGGAUUUAUUAAAACACAGCUAGGUAUAGUGGGAAUCUAAUUUUCCACAAGCCAUUCUUCAUUUGUUCUCCAAUAAAGUAUAGGACGAUGAAAAUCUAUAGUUAGGUCUACGCCUGCAUUUUGAAUUUAUAAAAAAAAAUUCUGAGACCCUCCCCAAAACCCACUUUUGCUUGAGUGACUUUGGCGUCCUCGAUUUCCACUCCCCCACCCCAUCUUUGUCUAUCAAAGUGGCAAAGACAGGCUCCUUUUUAUUUGGGAUAAAGCACUGUAUAUAAACUUAUAUACGCCAAUCAUCUACUUUGGGAAGCGGAAAUGGGUUAUACGUGAUGCGAAAAGCUAUAAAUUAUUCUUUAUGUUGUUCUACUUACUAUUAAAAUACGGGUACUGCACUAUUUUGGGAGUUCCAGGGUAACCAAGUCUGGAUUAUAAUUAAAGAAAGCUAGAACAGAUCAUUUUUAAUGCUAAAAUAUGACAUUUUUAGACUACUCUCUGUAACUAAUUCUGAUACAAGUAUGAUAAGCUCAUUCAUUGCAAAUUUACUGUCCUGUAAGUGUCCUUGAAGGAAAUAUUUAAAUAAGAUAUUUAUCUUCUGAACUUUUUUUUCAAAAUAAUGUUUUGUGGUAAUUAGUCUAUUUGAAUAGAAAAUGUAAUUUUAAAAAAAAAAAAUUUCUAGUCUAUACAUAUUUAUAAGCCUGACAAAUUAAAUUUUUUUUAAUGUUUCUUUUUUAAAGCCUGAUGAUCUCAUGAAUAUGCAGCACUGUAACCUCCUGUGCUUGCCAGAGAAUUAUCAGAUGAAAUAUUAUUUUUAUCAUGGCCUUUCAUGGCCACAGGUAAGUCUUGUUUAGGCUUAGACCUAUAUUAAAUAUAUAGAAAAGUUAUAAUCUAAGAAAUAUUUCAUGUAAAAAUAGUGUUCACAUCUUCCAUGAUCUGGUGAGAAGUCUUUGCCAGGUUUGAUUUGAUUUAAAAAAUGGUUGUAAUGCACAUAUUUCUGGGAUUUUAUUAUAUCAUUAUUUGCCUUUUUUUUUUAACAUGAAUAUUUCGUUAUAAUCAGACAAUUAACUUUUUAUCAGCUUAUAUUUAUAUAUAUUUAUACCGGUACUCAAUAAUGUGUACAGUUGAAAUCUACUUCAUUGAAUUCAUGCAAAUUUUGAAGUUUUACAAACUGCGUUGUUUUAUGAUAAUUCCAGACUAUUUUUAAACUGUAGAAUAAAAUGUAAUGUAACGGCUAUUCUGAAAAAAAUUAAGAUAUUUCUACAUAAUUUCGAAAGUGAAAGCUUUAUUCAUUGAUUGCAAUUGCAUUUUGUAUGAAUACAAUAUUUGUUACAUUAAACCUAAAAUACAUUUUUUGUGUGUUCUUUUCAGUUGUCAUAUGUUGCUGAAGAUCAUAGUGGAAAAAUUGUUGGUUAUGUUCUGGCCAAGAUGUAAGCAUUAAAAUAUAUUUUGAAAUUGUUUAUCCUCUCCCCAUUUUGUAAUAAUCCAAACGGGUUCUCAUAAGUAAUACCAUAUAAUAAGUUUGUGUGUCAUCUGCGCAAGGCUACAGAAUUUUCCUCCUCUCCAUCUAAAGUAACUCAACACUGUACACAGCAAACUUACGUAGACCACAGGGGGUGGAAAGAAGGGGAAAGGUUAACUUUUAUACAUGUGAGUGUAUCUAUUUGAAAUGCUUCCACAUAAGGGACAUUCAGACCUUCAUUUAGCAGUUAAUUUAGAUACAUUUCAAGAAAGCAAGUUCCAGCACUCUCAAUGUUUUUUUAUUUUUUAAUAAACCAAUUUUGUGGUGCAUUCAAGAUAAUUUUGUUAAUUACCAGUAUUUAUGCACUUAUCAUUCAUGAAAUUAUCCUAUAAAUUGGCAUAUGUGAUCUCAACCAACUUUCCUUCAUGUGGAUAAUGUAUAUACUUUCAAUACUACAUUUAAAAAAAAAUUAUAGUUAGGCCUAAAAUAUUACCCUUAAAUACAAUGAUAUUAUUAAACUCAUAGUUUGUGACACUGCAAUGUACAGCAAGGGAUUCACUUUGAGACAUGUCAGAGACAAGCAAAUGAUAAUAACACUGAUGCAAACCCAUGAUGCUCUUCAUCAAAUCUUUUAACCAAAACUAGUAAUUAUUUCAUUUAAAAAAUAAACUGUUUUUAUUUUACUAAAUUUAGUUAUGUCAAUCAAUGUCAUCAGUUAUCUGAACUGCCCCUUGUUACAGUUAGUUAAAUAAGUCAUGCAUGGUUAUGACACACCAAACAAAAUUUUCUCCUGUCUAUGUAUUAUCAUAUUUAGCAUAUCUUGUGUGUGCUUCUCUGGUAAAUAUGGAACACAAACAAACAAAAAAGAAAUGGCCUUUAUAGUUCAGGGUAUUUAGCAUUAUUGUCCAAAUUUUUGCACAGCAAACAUCACAUUAAAUCUUAUGUUAUUUUUAUUAUAAUUAUUUAAUUUUUUAGAUAUUUUAAAAUCCUUUGUAUUAAACUUUGCUUUUGUGUCUUUCUUUGUGGUUGCAAAAUCUUUGGAAGGCUAAUUGACCCACUUACCAUCAUCCUAUGGAGCUGAAACUUUACACAUAUACUUUUUGUCAAUGACAACACAUACUGUCAAAUUUUCAGCCCCCCCCCCCCCCCCCCCCCCCCCCCCCCCCCCCCCAACCCACCAAUAAUCAGUUUUUCAAAGGGGAAGAUAAUGAAAUAUGAUUUGUUUACUGGGUGUGUAUUUUGGUUUGGAGAUUAAUUGUGUAGCUGUUGCUAUAUGCAUUGUAUUGUGAUGCAUUUGGGUUUAAAUAUAUCUUUAGUCUGUUAGGUUUUACAUGCUCUAAGUUUGAUAAAAAAAAUUCCCAUACCAAAAAUCAGUCGCUACAAUUACAUAAAUGAUAAAUUGUGACAAUUACAUAAAUGCAAACAAAUAUGCUUGUAAAGGAUUUAAAUUUAAAUGAAAAAAAUUGUUUUUAGGGAUUGUUUAAUUAAAACAUAUAUUUUUAAAUAAAUAAAUAGUAUAAGAUAUAAGUAUAAUGUUUUGCUCAUUUCUUAUGUUUCCAAAAUAGAUUUUAUGAAAAUUUUGUUUUCUUUAUGUUUUUUCCUCUUUUUUUUUUUAAAAUGUCAUUGUAAAUCAUUAAUGAAUUCUUUUCCCACUGUGGUGCAGUGAAGAAUUAAACAUAAUUUUAGAUUGAUAAUUAUAGAUGUUCAUGAACUUGUAUCUUUAAAAGAAACGGUCAAACUUGUGUGUUAAAAAAUCAUAAUGUGAUGUACAAAAUACUUUGUUGUCCUUUUUAUUAUUUUUAUUGUAGGGAGGAAGAUCCCGAGGAUUCUGUACCUCACGGGCACAUAACAUCUUUGGUAAGACUUUGUUCAUAGUUUAAUUUUUAUAAUAACUUCAGCAUUUUCUUUAUUGUUGAAUAUCUUAUUUUGUCAUCCAGUAAAAUUAAUUGUUCACUUCAACUCCUGUAUUGUUUUCAUAUAUUAACUGAUGUUUGAAAUGUAAAUAUAAUUAUCAUUGGAAAGAAUACAAUCCAAAUUUGAUUGAGAGCUGAAGAAUGGUCACUAAGCAGAGAACGCAUUAUGAAAUGAUUCAUUUUAGUCACCAGUUUUAGUGUAUUAUUUAUUGUCUACAAAAUUUGACAUCUUAUCCUAAAAUCUACCUUUUUUUUUUUUUUUACCAUCAUCUAAAAAAUAAAUUAGGCCGUUAAAAGGUCACACAGACGUCUUGGCCUGGCUCAGAAGUUAAUGGACCAAGCCUCCAGAGCUAUGGUGGAAAAUUUCAAUGCCCAGUAUGUGUCCCUUCAUGUUAGGAAAAGUAACAGAGCUGCCCUCCAUCUCUACACAGAAAAUCUCAAGUUUUCGUAAGUAUCCUACAACCGGAUUGUUUCUAGCUUGAACUGUUGAUCAUAAGUUUCCUGUGGCAAUCAUAGUGUUUGUUGCUGAUUUAAUGCUCCCUCUCUCUCUCUCUCUCUCUCUCCUGUUACAGGAUCAGUGAAAUAGAGCCCAAGUAUUAUGCUGAUGGGGAGGAUGCUUAUGCCAUGAGGCGAGAUUUGACGGAAUUUAGGGAAAAGGUAAUAAUAGUCAUUCAUAAGCUUUUGAAGAUGUGGGGAGGAGGGGUGGGGCUUUACAACAGAAGUGUGUUAUCAUGUUAUAAAUACCCAAUCGAUAUUGAAUCUCAAUUGCAUUUAUUGAUAGUUUAUGUGUUAAUGAUUUUUAAUUCUUGUUCAGGACUUUUAAAAAAAUUGCUACCGUAGUGUACUGGAUAUGUUUUAUGAAAAACUAUUUAAAGGGUUCAUAACUAAGAUUUUCAUCAUUUAAUUGUCAUAUUUCAAUAGGUUUAACUUAGUUCUCAAUUAGUACAUCUGUAUAUGUUGUAUUCCUUUGUUACUCCCAUUUGUUGAUUGUAUUUUUCCUCAGUAUGGAUUAAAAGCAGACCUAGAUCAACUAGCAAUAGAGAGCGCACCAGCUCAAGACUUGGUCAAACCAAAGAUUCAAGAUUGAUGUAGUAACUGAAUGUGUGUGCUUGGUAUUUUUUUUUAAUCUGCAUGAGGAAUGUCUAAAUCACAAAUAUUAUUAUAUUUGUGUAAGUAUGUUGAGCACUUGCUGAAUCUGAAUUAAAAUAGUUUCAGCUUUGUUAUUUUGUAUUUUUUUUAUAAAAGAAAAUGUGUAAAUGUAUGGAUCAUAAACUUGUGUAAAUAAAUUCUUAGACAUAUUUUUAUCCAAAUCACAAUUUUGUUUCAAAUUUAUUUCCAUCUACUUGUAUCAUGUACAAGUACAGCUGGGAUGUGGCUAGACUUGUUUUAUGUACAAUUACAGUUGGGAUGUGGCUCAACUUGUUUUAUGUACCGUACAAGUACAGCUGGGAUUUCGCCAGACUUGUUUUAUGUAUGAGUACAGUUGGAUGUGGCUAGAUGGUUAC